GGGGUCCGGAUUUUUCCGGGAGUCGGCGACCAGCCUUGAGGCUUGGAACGAAGAUUAUACUAUAGGCGCGACGCGUCGGUGAACUCGGUAGCAGUGGAAGUAGCAUGCUCGACCCUUUUCUACCAAGAAGUAUUCAAUCGCUUACAACGGACAUUGUGCAGCGCACGCCUACGCCUUGUCCGGACGGGUCCUUGUUCUCUUGACGCCCGCAUUCAGAAGCUAAACGCGCGCAUGAUCAUCUGUCACAAAUCAUGCAUAUGCAGAUGCAGGACAAGAACAGGAUAGCCACCCUGUGCCCGGCUGAGCCCGAAUCCGACGUGCGAGGAAAUUAAUGGCUCCCUCGUAGCUGGGAUCCAGCACGCGCGAUUAUCAGAUUGAGAGUCGAAUUCAGACUUUCUUCGCUGACUGGAAGUGUAUUUCAGGCAACAACCCAUAUUGGGCGAACACUGGCCCGAAAGUCUCGGUGGGCACCCUCAAAAUGGACGAUCGAGAUCGGGCCCGCUUAAAAAAGCUUCCGUUAGCUUCCGUUUGUCUUGCCGAGUCCUUGAUUGUUGGGAUCUCGCAAUUCAGACUCAGCGGCGCGGCGGGAUACUGCCAGAGGCCUGGCGCAGGGGCGGGAUUGAUAGGGUCUUGCCGUAAUUGGUGGAUACUGAUGACGAGGCGCGGAGAAAAGAGAUUAAUGUGGCUGGGAGAACCGUUGGAGAGAGAUGGGGGGGCGUCGAUCGAAAGUUUGAGAGAAAGCGGGCGUAGUGAGCCUCCACGGGCCCUCGGUACAUUGUAACGGAGAGACUGGGAGUGGGACGCCACUAGUCCUUUCGGAUUAUCAGGAACAAGGAGAUGGGUUAGAGAUGGUUUCUGCCAAACGGGCCAAAGCCUGAACUGCCAAACGAUUGUGGCAAAUAGGCAUCCACAGUGAUCGGGCAUCACGAAGUGAAUUGCCUCCGCCGCCCAUAUUGAUGACCCCAGCAAGUAGCCGCUAGCAACCGCCGGCGAGCGGCAAAGAAAACAUUCUUGCCUAAAGCUUGUAAUUAUCCUGGGGAUGGAUUGUCCUCAGGGCGCACAGGAGCUCUCAAACUAGCUUAGAUGAAAAGUCUAGAGCAGCAACAUUCGCGCAGAUUUUGUCAUUUCGCGAGGAGCUCCGAAAGGUGUGGAAUAUUUGCCAGUUUCACAGGUCUGUCGCGUGAUGGAAGCGACGACAUAAAGUAGGGACACAACAACACCACAACAGAAAAGAAAUCCCCGCGUCCCACCGUAUAAUACGGCACUUCCUCUCCUCGUCCAUCCUCUUGAUCCCACAACUCCCCUCGACUUACGUUACGCUGAUGUCGUCUUUAACCGGAUCUGCAGAGCGUCCCGAGCGCAGCCGUAACGCUAAGGCUCAAGCGAGACAUCGAGCAAAACGAAAGGCGUACAUCGAGCAGCUCGAGCAGACCGUUACGAAGCUCCAGACCGCGCUUGGCGCCUCUGGAGACCAACUGACUGCCAUACCCCCACCCCUUGCCCGGAUUCGUGACCUCGAGCAAGAGAAUGAUCGGCUUCUGAAGGAAAAUGAGGCGCUCCAUCGGAUGCUCCAGGAGGCCAACGGGGGACGUCCAAUCUCGAUGGAACUUGGGGCUAGGCGCGCGUCUCCUCUAGGCUCAUUCAACGACUCGCGGAACGCGUGCGAUCGCGACUACAAGCGGCGUAAAAUGGAAACUAGCAACGUCGACGACUAUAUCCUUAAUUCGUAUGGCACCCACUCGCGCGCGCACUCGCACUCCCCGCCGUCGAUCGGACUUUCUCGACACAGUCCGAGCAGCUCCUCUCAUACCCCCGAUCCCCACUCUCGUCCUCCACCUCUCUCCAUCCCCCAUCACUUUCACCAUGGGCCGACAAACCAUGGUCCGGCUUCUGCCCCUCCUCCCCUUUACGGACUUGGAGGGCCACCCCCAGCAUUUCAAAUGCCACACACACCGUCUGGGUCGAGUUCGACGUCCAGUCCUCCGUUUUCGGCGAGUAUCUUUCCUUAAGCCCCGCAACCAUGCACCCGACGGCCAACUCGCCUGUCGCCCAUAGACCUCCGCCCCACACACUAACGAGUUAUCCGUCGGCGAACGGGACCGGGGGUGCAGGAUAUGUGUCCGUGAAAGCGGAGGACGAUUAUCCGGUGUGUGAAGGGUGCUAUGUUUUCGACGAUCCCCUUGCUUACGCGCUCUA